AAACAAGAUGGUGUAGGUCUUCGUAUGCGUACCCACGCACACACACCAACCACUUUGAUAUAUUGAUGGAUAAUCUAUCAUUAUUUGUAGCCACCCCCACCCAGGAGUAAUGGUUAGUCCCAUAUCCGCGCCACCCGUCAUGCACUUCGAUAAACAAAGUCACGUGAGGAUUUCGAUUUCACCUUUGCAUCAAUUAUGAUAAUGAGUAGCUGACAAAGUUCGUCGUGUUGCCCUUUCCUGCAACUAAGUUUGCCGGUUUUAGUCUAAAAUAACGUCGGCUAGCAGGUUGCAGCGAUGCCUGGGCCAGUGGAGAGAUGGCUCGACACAUUUAUGUGUGGACAAUACGCCGAAAUCUUUCACAGAUUCGGAUUUGAGACGCUUCAAUCGGUUUGUCAACUGCAACUUCACACGCUCCAACAGAUGGGAGUGAAGCCGGAAGACUGUGAGAAAAUCUUGGAAAACGUCUCGGUGUUAAAACAGACGAUUCUGGGGUAUCGUUCCACAGCGGGGUCGACGCCGCCGCAGAACGUCCCCAGCCUGCCCGACCCCGUCGGCGGCAUGCCCGCACCGCCGCAUCACACGCCCUCGCCGGGCCCCAACCCCAUCGUCAACCCCGCCAGCUCGGCUCUCAGGAACGUGGCCAGGAAUGCCACGAGUCGCGGGAUGUCAGGUACACCAGAGGGCUCGCAACUUGACCCCUACACUCACCCCACCUCCCCUGGAAUGGUUGGCCCACCGCCACAGAACUUCGACUCAGCGCCUUCCAAACCAAUGUACGGCCCUCCAGGCUAUGUAGAAGAGCAGUACAGACCGCCACCCACACAAAAUGUGCCAAACCCGCCCAAAGUCCAGCAGCAAACGAUGGGGCCGGGGUCUACCAUGAUGCCUCAGUACCCACAUCCCCACCAGGUCGGCAUGGCAGACCCAGUCCCACCACACCCAGGCAGGCUUCCCAACGACCCAGGCGGACACCCGGGCGACCCAGCCAGGCACCCGGGCGUGUCCCCUCAACUGUCGGAAACCCUGGCACAGAUCGAGCACCAGGCUAGACAACAGCAGUACCAGAUCCCCCCUCCCAACCCCAGGUCAACCCAAUAUGUUCAGUACCACCAGAGGAUGCAGCUCAUGGCCCGGCCACCAGGGGGCUCUUGGCCACAGUCUCCCCCACCUCCCAUGUACCAGGGCCAGCAGCCGGGCAUGAUGGGAGGGCCGCCCCAGCCUGGGCCGCCACACCUGAUGGGGCAGCAGCAGCCGCCGAGAUACGCCUCGCCCCCGCCCUACGGCCCCUCCAUGCAGCAGUCCGCCAGCAGCUACCCCCUUCAGGAGUUCCCUCCCACCUCCAUGAGAGGAACCCCCCCACCCAUGCACCCCUCCCAACAAAUGGGUAUGCCCCAGCACCCCUCCAUGGGUCCGGGGUCCCCGCCGCUGCCCCAGCAGCGCGCCAUGUUUCUGGGCGACCCGAGGGAAGAAGGGAUGAUGUACAGGGAACAGCAGGUAGACAUGGGCCUCUACCCUCGCAUCAGGAGUCCGUCAGACGGACACAUGGGCCAGUUCGUACAACAGCGGAGAUUAAGUGCGGGGGAGAUGGAAGGGUAUAUGGGGGGUCCGGCGGGGGUGCCGAGUCCGGUACCGGGAGGGGGGCAAGGGUAUCACCAUAUCAGACCUCCCAUUAGCAUGCAGUCGCAGGCGGGGGAGAUGUACCGCUCCCCUCCUCCCCCUUCCAUGGACCAUCGGGGCCCGUCGCCGUACUCAGUGAACGCUCAGGGGAUGGACAGAAGUGCCAUACACGGGGGGAUGGGUGGGUACAGAAGUCCGAUGGGCUCCGUGCAGAAUCCUUCGUCCCCCCACCUAAUGGCAGGCAGGGAAGGGAACCACUUCGUGUACCCGUCCCCAGCCCAGCAAGCGCAGCACUUCAGCCCCUCCCCUUCCCAGAUGCAGGUCAGGUCUCCCGUGCCCCUAGGCUGCUCUAGUUCCAACACGAUUAGCUCUCCAUCCAACAUGGUGACGUCCCCCAUCUCCAACCCCUCCCCUGGCCCCGCCAUCAGGUCCCCUGGGAUGGGUCUCCACAUGCAGGGCAAGCCCGUAGCAGGGUACGUACAGUCCCCGCACGCAGGGGCAUCACGCCUCCCCACACCCGGGGAAUCCCCUGGCCCGGGGCCCUCUCCCUCCCACAUGCAGUCCCCCCACAUGAUCAGCAGCCCUCCCCAGCAAGUCCACCCUCCCCCCAGUAUGUACGACCCCCCUGACCCCCUCUACAGGACUGAGCCCUCAUACUGUCGGACAGACACCUCCUUCAGUAGUUCCACCUUCGGUAGGCAGAGUCCCUAUAUCCCCACCAGCAGUAACUUCAUCUCUGGGGUGAGUAGUUUAAACGCCCUGGCCUCACAGGUGAACAAUCUACCCAACACUGUCCAACAGGUUCCCCUCCCCGCCGACAUUGCCCCCAUCACGGGGGGUUCCAAGCCCAGACAGAGACGGAAAACCAAGGAGGGGAACUCCAUGUCCCAGAACAUGGGCCCCUCCGAGGGACAGGAGAAUGCGCAGAACUACACCAACCCACACACGCCACAACAGAUGGAAAAUUUUCGGCAGGUCGAUGGACCCCCUGAAAAAAGAACUAAACUGGAACACCCAGCAGACCCCAAGCCGAGCGUGUGUUCGGAUGGAAUUCACUGCGGGGAGCACGAGGGGGAUUCGGGUGUUUCUGUAGGAUUCGGGAAUGCGACUUCCUGCGGAGAUUCCGACUUUGGCAACGGAUCUGCUGGCUGCUUUUCAAGUUCGUCUCAACAGGGUAAUAAUGUUAAGGAUGAAACGGUAACAGGAAUUCAUAAAGAUAACAGUACAACAUGUGAGGGUCACACUGUGGAAAGAACUUGUCCGGUCGCGAAAUAUGAUGGUUCACAAAAUGAAACGAAGCCGGAUCUUUUUUUAGGUUUACAGAGACCUCGCCAUAGUAAGUACAGGGAUAAAGGUUGUACAGAGGUGAAGGAGGAGGAUGAUUCCUCCAAGCCUACGUGUAGUGUUGCGUCCAAGUGUUGUGAAAAUGGUUGUGUGGAAUGUUGUAGUGGUAAUGCCAAAGACGUGUCGUCAUCUGCUGCGCGGAAUUCCGACGAGUCUCACUGUGAGGAUUGCGGGAAUGAGGAACACAGUAAGGAAAGCGCAGGGGAGCUACUUAACGGGCCGUCGUGUAAGGUUUCUGUGAUUCAGAGCCAGGAGAGUCUACGGAUCCAGUGUGUCACGGACGAGAAGCAUUUGCCAAACGGGCCAAGCAGUAGCGAGUCGUCAGACAUGUCCGGGGAUAGCGGAUUUCUAAGUGACACGCCUCCUGAUGUCAGUAAAACCACCACGGAUGUUUCUCCUGACCACCCACUUUGUGCCAAAGACUCGUCCUCCACUUCCCCUAAGAGAGAUGAUGCAGAAGACAGGCUACAGGUUCCACAGGGUAAGGCUGCAGACUUGGAACCUAAGAAGGAGAGUUCUAAGAAGAAAAAGCGUUCGAGGAAAACGUUGUCUACUGUGACCAAAUCACUCCUACUCCACCAACCUGCGGCAGUGACGCCGGCGCCACAGCAGACCGUGGUUGCCUACCCUGUUAUCGUCCAGGUGUCCAGCUCGGAGGUAACAGGAACCACCAGCUCCAUGACAGUAACAAGUACGACAUCGGGGUCAUCCCUGGUGCCUCUACAGGAGAACAGGAGUCCGCGUCCCUCAGAAGUCAGCCCCAAGGCAAACGCUCGCUCUAGUGAGAAAAAUUCUCCACCAAAUGCCAAAUGCAGUGGGGAGGGCAAGCGCAUUUCUUCACCGAAGCAGCCGUCAGUGAUCACAAAGAGCCCCAAGAGAAACUCCCCAAAUGCCACCACGUCGUCAACAGUGUUGGUUUCCAGUGCCCACUCACCGUCUACCUCCACUGUAAGGUCGGUUUCUCCCAAGAGCAGCCUGGUCCUUACAGUGGGCUCCAGAGGUGUCGUAUCGCCCACCAGCAGUGGCAUGACGUCUCCAAACUCAACUAAAGUCUCCGCCAUAGUCUCCGACAGUUCCAUUGUCUCGUCGAGUGCAUCGGUUGUGACAACAAGCCCACUGUCGAUAAUCAGAACGGCAUCGGCGGGCUCUCCGAAUAUCCUGACGUUGAGCCCCAAGGCAGACUUUGCAGCAAGUCCUCGGAGUAGGCGCAAACAGAACUUGAUGCCGCUCUCUGAUGCUGAAGAGGAGACGAUAUGCAUCACUCGCACUGUUGACGACAAAAACAGUUCAAAUGUGAAAGGACCAUUGUCACCGGGCCAGGAAGCCAACCAACCCUCCAGCCCAAAGAAGAGAAAGCUGUCUGCCAUGGGUUCUCCUCAGAAAUCUUCUCCGAAAAAGAGACCAAAGGAAGAAAGACUGUCCACCGAAAGAAGUCUGUCACCAAAAAAGUCACCGAUGAAAGAUGUCCAUAAAGACUGGUCAAAAAUUCAGGUGGCAGAGACAAGCUUGUCUAAAAAGGAAAAUACGCUGUUGAAGAUUUCUCCGAGAGAGAAUGACUCCCAUUCAACUUGCAGGAAACUGACGUGGGACAAGACAGAAAGUAAGACAAAAAAGGGAGGUGUGAUCAAAAGGACUUCAGUAGAAAAACCUCCCAACAGCGGGACCAAACAGUCAUCAAACUAUUCCAAGUCAAUGCAUGACUCAGCAGAGAGAAGUGGAAGGGAAGAGGCUGUUCAGGAAAAGAUGAAUGCAACAGAAUCUUCGCCCACAAAAAUCAGCCCCGUUCCGAAAAAAGUUCAUUCUCCAAAUUCCAAGUACGUCCAGCACGUCAAGUCUGCUGAGGUCAGCCCUACGGACUUGAAACCGGGUAUGAUCAUCGACGGAAACCUUGUGGUCAUGCCAGAUGGCAGCCUGAAAAAGAAACGUGGCAGGCCUUUUGGAGCAAAGACUGUUAAUCGAAAGGUGGAUCUAAAAGGAAAGGGAGAGAAGGGAGAAAAAAACCCAAAGAAAAAGUCCAAGGAACCAUUUGAGUUCAGGACUACCAGUAGUGAUGGUGAGGAGAUAUCCCUCACCAAGAGAGUAGAGACAUUCAAGAGAGUAGAGGCAGAGUCAAGACCAGUUUGUAAAGAAGGGAGUCCAGCAGUCAAACAGAAAGUCAGGGAGGAAGCUCCCCCAAAAACUGUUAGUAGAGAAGCUGCUCCCGGGCCGAAAAAAAUGGUUCGUGAUGACACCCCCACACAAGGUCCAGUUGUGCGCAUCACGGGCCAGCUCGAAAGCCCAGUUUCUUGCACUGUCAUCAACAACCCCAACGAAGCGGACUCCAGCAAAAGCGAGCACAAAAAGAAAAAGCAGAAAAGCAAGCACCACAGUCACGUACAUCACAGUCACAGGGAAAAAGUGUCGAGCAAAACGACAGAGAUAGACAUUGGCAGUGCCCACCCCACCCAUCCAGUCACACAUGCUAAAUGGGUGUGCUCCUUCUGUGGCAAGUCACCCAACUAUAAAGAACUGGGCGACUUGUUUGGACCCUACUAUCUGGAAGGGAAGGGGAAAAGGCCCCUUCUCACCCAAACCAAAACUCCACCGAAACAGUCUGCAGACCUGAAGGAGAACAAGGGGCGGAAAAGCAGAAGUAGAAACCCUUCAGAAGUGAGCAGUAGUGAGCCCAAGCCGGGGCCCUCUGGCUUGUCGAGCCCAGCUAACACUCCCCUGUCAAAAAGAAGACACAGGUCUCAAAGUGGCGGGGAGAAAAAUAGGAAGGCAGCUCACAAAGGCGGGGCCAAGGUUGCUGCCAGGAAAGCAGGCAAGGAGGGGGGCAGCCCCCCGUGUUCGCUGGAGGCUGUCGUUGUGCCGAUGUACCUGGAUGAAGUGUGGACACACGACCAGUGCGCCGUCUGGGCCAGCGGAGUGUUCAUCAUGGGGGGACGGCUACAUGGGCUCGAAGAUGCCAUCAAGGAAGCUCGGCAACAUUCCUGUAGUGAGUGUGAGACAGUGGGGGCUACUCUGGGAUGUGGUUUCAAGGGCUGCCAGCUGAAGUACCACUACAUAUGUGCGGUGGAUGCAGGUUGCUGUCUCAGUGAAGAAAACUUCUCGCUAAUGUGCUACCAACAUAAGCACAAGACGAUAAGAUUUGUCCAGGUGUCUCAGCCACGGUCCCAGCAGUUAACACCAGAUGAACCAGCAACGCCCGGUGAGGAACACGUGGCAGAGGGGGAGGAGGCGAUGGCUCUGGAACGGGCCGGCACAUGGCCUGCAAGGAACACACACACCCGUACCCCAUCUAACGAUGCAGAGGGUAGAACGAAACAGGCAGGCAAGUCCCAAAGGCAAGCUCAGUCUGUAGUCAGACAUGAGAAGGAGGGGGAAGAAGAGUCGUCAAAGCAGCCUGAACGUCUGUCUGCAGCACCUGUGAAGAGCCUGGCUCCAUCUAAGGCCUCUCAACAAAAGAAUAUUGUCUCUUCAGGCUGCUUGUCACAGCAGGAGAAACAAGGUUGUAGCACGUUAAAAUCAGCCUCAUCCAAGAAGAGAAACCUGGAGAAGCUUGUAGCUUCAAAGAUGAUUCUGGGCAAGGGUGGGUCGGCAACAAAGGGCAUUUCAUCUCCAGGAGUGUCCAAGCAGGAGGGUUCUGCACCAACAAUGUCUUCCUCUGGUACAAAAUCUGGGAAAGGUAGAACUGAGGUCAGAAGCUAUAUCGAUGACUCUGACGAUUCAGAGGACUUUGACUAUGCCCCACCUGAGAAGGGGGACAGUAGGAAAGGUGAAAACUUAGACCCUGAGAGUUCCACAGAUGAGGAGGACAAUAGUGAUGAUUCAGAGGAAGAGACAGGAGACUCAUCUGAGGAAUCAGAAGAGGAGGAGGAUGAUAAGAAAGUCCCAGAUCCGUUCUGCGACAGAUCCUCCACACGAUCGGGUCGCACUGUGAAGGCCAGUCGCAGACUCGACAAAUACCUUCUGUUUUAAACUUCACAGCAGCCUGGUAGCUGGAAGUGAUGUGGAACUACUGUGGAUGGGGGGGACGAGGCUCUGGCUGUGACAUCUAGCGCUAGAUCAUCCUCAACACGACAGGUCACUGUUGUGGCGGCAGUACCUGUUCUUGAACUUGACCUAGUUCUCCAUGUCGCAGACCGACCCUCCAUCCACCCAGAGGAACGUGUACAAAGUGUACCCCUGUAAACUCCAUGCAUACAUGGUCCCUGUAUAUGUGAUAGGCUGUGGUACAUGUAUGCAGUAUAUAUAUAAUGUAUAUGUAUAUUAUUACUAUGUAGUUUGUAUACAUAAUCUCUACCACUGAAAAAAAGAGCAGGAUCCCUGUAUAUUGAUUUUUGACUGUGAAGCAUGGGGAAAAACUUUAAAGAGACACAUUUUUGUAUGGAGACACUAAUAUCACUGGGGCAACAAAAAUGUUGGGGUGGCCGUUUUGACCAUGUGCAAUCUUGUGAUGUAUUCAGAAUCGUUGUUAUCUCUUUUUUUGUUCAGUGAUUGUGGCAGUGGAAUUUCUGGAGGUGUUUGAUUUUGAUAUGAUAUUAUAGAAGAAGUGAUGGCCUGGUCUGCAGAUGCUCAGUGCCAAGCGGUAGGUAUGCUUGAGGGCAGUAAUCUUUACUAUGUCCACCUGCCUACCAUAGCCACAGGCAUGACAGGAUACAGUUCGCUGGGCCUGUGGUAGCAGUAUGGUAGACAGGGGGACGCUACAAUAGCCAUAACAAUGCCCUGUGCUGCAAUAACCUGAUAGCUAACAAAGAUCAUGAGAUGAAACAAAAUUAUGUGAUAGGAAUCAUGGAGAGGAAGAUUGAUGUACAAGAUGAUAUCGAUGAUGUGGUUCUUGCAAAGCAAAGAGCUUUGGAGAGCAGUAAUUCUAUGUAUUAGAGAGACUUGUAUUUUGGUUUAGAGAGAAUUGUAUUUUGGUUAAUGAUGAAAGGUCUAAAAUUAUUAAUUUUGUUUAUUUUCAAGUUUUGUUUCUGUAUUCUUGUUAACCAAAAGAGACCUCUGCUGUUAACCGGUGCUACAUGUAGUAACUGGGAAGUUAUCGUGGAAAAACUGUCAAAGUACAACAGAGUUUAUAUGAAGAAAAAAAAAUUAUGUCUCUGGAAUGUCAUGUGGCCUGUGACAGCAAAGCUGUACUGUGGUAAAUGUGGGAUCUUAUACUGUACAUCUGUGGCUGUACAAAGAAAUCCAAGAAAUUCUGCCAGUGCCAAGAUUUUGAUGAGUGUCUGAAAGUGCAGAUUUGAUGAUUCGUACUUAAUACAUGGAUUUGUGAAGUUGUCUUGUGGGAACCUACAGUACUCCAUACAGGGGGAGAAAACGCUCGAAUCAGAGAGUAUUGUGUUUGUGUACAUCACUAUUAAAAGCAUCUGCAGAAGUUG